GAGAGAGAGAGAGAAAGAGAGAGAGAGAGGAAGGGAGGGAGAGAGGGAGGGAAUGAGAGAGGUGCAUUUGAGAGAGACAGCCUCUUAGAGCUGUGAGGCAGAAGUGAUGGAUUCAGCCCACAGAAAAGUGACAGUCUUCUUCUAACGGGCCACAGGCAGAACACAACCUGCCCCGGACUCUCACCAUUUAUCAGGAAACUACCUCCACCCAUCCAACUAAAGUUACCAGUUGUCUCUUGAAAGUGUUCCAACUUUUUCAAGUGGAUUUUGGAACAACCUAGUCAAUGUUUGCUGAAGAGUUUCUGACAAGUUGAGCUUCUGUUGAGCUAAUGACGGUCUAUUAAUAAUAGUCUUUAAAACACAGCUACCUCUUCACUGGUGGAAUGGACUGAGGUGACAAAGAGUGAGUAACUAGAAGCGCAGAGCACAGAGACCGGGAGAAGAGGACGCAGGUUUCAUACUUGGGAUGACUCUCUACCAGGAGAAACUUCAAUCAGCUCUGGCAGGAGGGCAAGGCAACUAAGGGAGCUUCAUCAAUACUCUACAGUUAUCUCGCUUUGGUGAGUUGGACACAAACUCAUGGAGCCCCCUUCAAUGGUCCUGCUGGGGCUCCUUCUUGUUUAUGGACUAGCCUGUGGUGUCCAGCAGACUCAGGGGAGUCUAUCAGACAGCAACCAUGGCAGGGACAGGACCCAAGAAUUUGAGAGUAGUGAAGAUGGUAUAGAGAGAGAGUUUCUCUAUGCUGGAAGGAGCAAGCGUGCUCCAGCUGACCAGCAGCAGGACAAGUGUUCCUACACUUUCAUUGUGCCUCAGCAAAAAGUGACUGGAGCCAUCUGUGUCAACUCCAAGGAGCCAGAGGCCAUGCUGGAAAAUCGGGUCAAUAAACAGGAGUUAGAGCUGCUAAAUGUGGAGCUACAGAAACAAAAGAGGCAGAUUGAGACCCUGCAGCAAUUGGUAGAGGUGGACGGAGGUAUUGUUAAUGAGGUCAAGCUUCUGAGGAAGGAGAGCCGAAACAUGAACUCUAGAGUCACUCAGCUGUACAUGCAGCUGCUGCAUGAGAUCAUCAGGAAGAGGGACAAUGCCCUAGAAUUGGCUCAGAUGGAGAACAAGAUCCUGAACCAAACCUCUGAGAUGCAACAGCUCACCAGUCGAUAUAAAGAUCUCGAGCACAAGUACCAGCACUUGGCCUCUUUGGCCACUAACCAAUCAGCUCUUAUAGCUCUGUUGGAAGAGCAGUGCCAGAGUCGCCCUCCCCCUCGUCACGUACCUGUCCCCCAGCCACGACCUCAACCGCCUCCACCAUCACCACCUCUUAACAAACCUUACCCACCACCUGUCCUUCCACGAAUUAACAACCCAAUCAGCAACGAGAUCCAGAGUGACCAAAAGUCCCUACCGCCUCUUCUUCCAACGAUGCCCACUGGCACACACAGCCCCUCCACCACUGAUAAACCCUCUGGUCCAUUUAGGGACUGUCUGCAGGCUCUGGAAGAUGGCCACACUGCCAGUGGGAUGUACCUGGUGAAGCCAGAGAAUGCCAAUCGGCUCAUGCAGGUGUGGUGUGACCAGAGACACGACCCAGGUGGCUGGACUGUGAUUCAGAGGAGGGUGGACGGCUCUGUCAACUUUUUCAGGAAUUGGGAGACAUACAAGCAAGGUUUUGGCAAUAUUGACGGCGAGUACUGGCUGGGUCUGGAGAACAUCUACUGGCUGACUAACCAGGGGAACUACAAACUGCUGGUCACGCUGGAGGACUGGUCUGGCAGGAAGGUGUUUGCAGAGUAUGCCAGCUUCAGAGUGGAGCCCGAAGCUGACUUCUACAAGCUAAGGGUGGGCCGUUACCAUGGCAAUGCUGGAGACUCUCUUACCUGGCAUAAUGGCAAACAGUUCACAACACUGGACAGGGACCAUGAUGCAUAUACAGGCAACUGUGCCCACUACCAGAAGGGAGGCUGGUGGUACAACUCUUGUGCCCACUCAAAUUUGAAUGGAGUUUGGUACAGAGGAGGACACUACCGCAGCCGCUACCAAGAUGGAGUCUACUGGGCUGAGUUCAGAGGAGGAGCCUAUUCACUAAAGAAAGUGGUCAUGAUGAUCCGUCCAAACCCAAACACCUUCCACUAAGCAUCCAAGGAACACAUACAGUACUGUAUCUCUCACUAAACCAAAACCAUUACAGCUCCUAACAUCCACGCAAACUUUAUCUCUUUUGUUUAAUGGAGUGGCACCAGACCGAGCCAGAUGACAAAGAGAAGGAUGAUGUUCAAAGUGCAAUAUCAAAACAUCAGGCUGAUAUAAUGGUACCUCUAAUUCAACAAAUUUGUGCACUGUUAUUCAGUUGUCUGUACCAUUUGCCCUUUACAUUUUACUCAGUAAAGACAUGCACUCAUUGCUCAGGAGUUGUUUUAAAUACACUGUCUAUGAUACAACACAAACCUGCUUAGUUGACAGUGCUCUCAUUUGAUCUGAGUGAGACAGACAAUGUGAACCUAAUUUGACACAAAAAAAUUACAAUUACAAUAAUUCAGUUAAUUAGCUUUGAUAGGAACCCUACAAUAUAUAUUAGUAUGUAUGUAUGUAUGUAAAGUUUUUUUUUUUUUUUUUUUUGCAGUAAGAAACAAAUGAGGUUGACACAGGAAACAUAUCCAGUGACUUUUAAUUUCAUUCUAAUUACAUUCUUCAAAUGUGUAAUUUAUAGGAACAGUAACAUUUAUUGUAUAAUAAAGGGUUGAUAUUAAGGCCAGUUUUGUCAAUUACAAUAAAAUAUACUGUUAAAAAAAAUAGGUCCAUUAUCUUUUCUAACAAAGCCAAUAACUGAAGUUUGUGUAACAUUUAACAGAUCUAAGAACAAACAUCAACUCACAAAAUUUGAGGAGAUACAUUCUCUUCAAUGUCCUGUUUUUUUCAGUACUUGUUUUGAAAUCUUGAAUUGCUUGAACAGGUAUCCACCAAUUUGCUUGUAUGAACCAAGCACUGUAUUUACUGUAUAAAUUUAGUGGUUUGUUGAUGUCAAUAGAUCCAACACAUUGCGUUUGUACAUAAGAUAUUUGUAAUAUAAUGUAUUAAACCUGUUAUGUCACUAAUAAGUUGCAAUAAAAUAUGUACAGCUUG